UCCCCUAUAGUCCAUAGAUCUCUUACUAUUAAUUAGCCUCCUAAAAAACUUAGUUCAAGAAAAAGAGAGAUGGAAAAUUAUAGUGAGAAUGGAUUUUUAUUAGAUGAAUUACUUGCUUUUAGAAGUGAUUUAUGGGAAACAUAUUUUCCCACAGAAAAGAAUAGUAAUAUUAAUUUCUAUUGUAACAGUAGUUAUGAUUAUUUUGGGGAAAAUCCUUAUCCCAUUCCUCUCUUUCCUUCUACUACUCAUUCUAAUAUAACCACCACUUCUUUUGAAGACUACCACAACAAUUUUUCAAUUGACCAAAGUCAAAAUUAUUCAUUACUUAGUGAUUUUUAUAGCACACAAUUAGUGCAUGAGUUUUCUCCAGUAGAACUCACUGAUUCUUCCAACAAUUGGUUGGACACUCCUACUCCAACUUUCACUUCCCAAUUACAAGAUUUCUCAUCAAUCUUGGACAAUCUUGAAGUUGGACAUUUUGCUUGUAAAUUGGAGAGAACUCAAUCAACUGAAUCAACAACUAUAGCACCUAUUUUCAACAUUGGUAAUUCGCUGUGCCCUGAAAAGAAGGCCAAAACAAAGAAGGCAAAUGGUGAGCCUUCUAAGAAUCUAAUGGCAGAAAGAAGGAGAAGGAAACGUCUCAAUGGUCGUCUUUCAAUGUUGAGAUCAAUUGUUCCCAAAAUUAGCAACAUGUACAGAACGUCAAUCCUUGCGGACACUAUAGAAUACACGAAGGAGCUUAUUGAGAAGAUCAACAAUUUGCAACAAGAAAUGGAAUUAGGGCCAAAUCAACUUAGCUUGAUGAGCAUUUUCAAGAACGAAAAGCCCAUUGAAAUGUUUCUCAGAAAUUCACCUAAGUUUAAUGUGGAAAGGAGGAAUAUGGAUACAAUAGUGGAGAUUAAUUGUGCAGGGAAAUCAAGUCUUUUGCUAUCAACAUUGGCAGCACUUGACUCCUCAGGCCUAGAACCUCAACAAUGUGUUAUAAGUUGUUUCAAUGAUUUUGCAAUGCAUGCUUCUUGUUCUGAGGAAAUGGACCAAAGAGGACUUGCAAAUCCAGAAGAAAUAAAGCAGGCACUAUUUAGAAAUGCUGGAUAUGCAGGAAAAUGUCUCUAGUUUUCACCAAAUUUAGAGCCCAAAGAAAGGGAAAAAUUGUUGAAUGAAUUUUGUUAAGGGAUAUAUCAUUCUUUUUUUCUUUUUAUUUCUUCAAUAUAGGAUAGAUAUUUUUGAAUCUGCAUAUUAUUUUGCGAAAUUUUGAGCCCUCUUUUUAGAGGCUGCACUGGUUUGUUUUCUUGGUUAUCCAAAACAAUUUAAGUGAUUUUCUUCUAUCGCAGCAAUACAUUAUAAGUA